UGAUUGUUGAUUAUAUGGAGGCGGGUAUAAAUACUGCUGUUGGCAUUUGAGUAAGGCAUCAGUUGAACUCAGUCAACCUUUUUGUCAUCAGGCAGCCAAACACAAAAAUCUCAAUCCCAAUCAAAAUGUUCAAAUUCGUCGCACUCUUUGCCUUGAUCGCUGUUGCUGCUGCCAAACCAGGACAUUUGGCUACUCACAGCACAGUUGAAUCGGCUCAUGUGGGAUCAGUUGUUCAUUCUGUGCCAUCUGCAGUGUCAUCACAAACAUUUACAAGGGUGCACAAUACCGCUGUGGUAUCUCCAGUUGUUGCUCCAGUUGUCAAAUCGUAUGUUGCUGCUCCAGUUGUUCAUGCUGCCCCAGCUGUCGUCCAUGCUGCUCCAGCUGUAGUUCACUCAGCUCCAGUUGUUCAUAGCUCGUCAGUUGUUCAGACUGCUCCAGUUGUUCACUCCGUUCAUGCUGUUCACUCUGCUCCAGUUGUCCACUCCGCUCCAGUUGUCCACUCAGUUCAUACUGCUCCAGUUGUUCAUGCUGUCCACUCAGCUCCACUUGUCCACUCUCUCCAUGCUGCUCCCCAUGCAUACGCUCUACACCAUUAAAAAGCAAAAUGAAUCAAAUUGAAAAGUGAAACGAACAUUUAAAUUAAAAUAAAUCUCAGCAUGUGAUAGAAA